AUGGUGGAUGUGGGCAGCAAGUCCCCCACACGUCGAAGCACCACAGCUACCGUUCACCUGGGCUCCACUGCCUUCCUCCUGCUCCGGGACAACCAGUUAGCCAAGGGUGACGCGUUAGCCGUUGCGCAGCUUGCAGGCAUCAUGGGCGCCAAGCAGACAAGACUUUCAUCCCGCUUUGCAACCUGCUGCCCUUAGACCAGUACUCCGUCGCCUUCGACGCCACGCGGCCGUUAUUACGACGACCGCCCUUAUCACAGACUGUACCAGCAUGGAGAUGGAGGCGCUGA